AGGAAGUUCGAAACAGCUACGUUUGCAAAACCAGUGAGGAGCAGUGGAUGGAAAGGGAAAAAGAAAAAAAAAAAAUACUCGGUUAACCUUUGAACCAUCUUCCUUUGUCCUCAGAAGAAGAAAUCACAAGACAGACGCUCGUAUAAUUUCACGAAUGACAAACCUAACGGGAUUUAAAGUUCAGGAUAAACAGAGAAGAAAGACACUUGCAGUAUGUCCUCUGUCCUUUUCCAUCCAGGAUCAGAUUCAGGUGUGAACGGGAAUGUUGCAAAGAUGGAAGAUGCCAAAGUGGAGAUCGAUGAUGGAAAGGAGGAGAGUGUGGAUCCUGACACAAUGUACCAUAAUAUUCGGAAGAAGAUCUCCCCUUUUGUCAUGUCUUUUGGAUUUCGAGUGUUUGGAGUGGUGCUCAUCGUAGUGGACAUUAUGCUGGUGAUUGUGGACCUUUCUCUGCCACAAAGGAGCAGAGAUGUUGGAAAUGCAUUGGAGGCCGUGUCCCUCAUCAUUUCUUUCUUCUUCCUUUUUGACGUCCUCCUGCGAGUCUAUGUGGAAGGGUUUAAAGUGUACUUCAGCUCUAAGCUGAACAUCCUCGAUGCAUGUGUUGUGGUAGUCACACUGGUGGUCACAAUGAUCUACACCUUCACCGACCUGUCAGGAAACAGUCUUAUUCCCAGGGUGGUGACAUUCCUGCGUUCCUUGAGGAUAAUUAUCCUUGUGAGGGUUUUCAGAUUGGCAGCUCAAAAGAAAGAGCUGGAAAAGGUCACGAGGAGGAUGGUUUCUGAAAAUAAGCGGAGAUAUCAGAAGGAUGGAUUUGACCUGGACCUUACAUAUGUCACAGACCGUAUCAUCGCCAUGUCUUUCCCCUCCUCCGGGAAACAGUCCUUCUAUAGGAAUCCAAUUAAGGAGGUGGCGAGGUUCCUAGACACUAAACAUGACGGUCACUAUAAAGUUUACAAUCUGUGCAGUGAGAAAGGCUAUGAUCCUCAGUUCUUCCACUACAGGGUGGAGCGGGUGUUUAUAGAUGACCACAAUGUUCCCUCCUUGGAGGACAUGCUGAAAUACACAGCAAACGUAAGGGAGUGGAUGUCUGCAGAUCCAAAGAACAUCAUUGCUAUUCACUGUAAAGGAGGGAAAGGACGCACAGGUACUAUGGUGUGCACCUGGCUGAUCGACAGUGACCAGUUUGAGAAUGCACAGGACAGUCUGGAUUAUUUCGGUGAGAGGAGGACAGACAAGAGUCGCAGCUCUAAAUUUCAAGGAGUGGAGACCCCCUCACAGAGCAGGUACGUGGGCUACUAUGAGAUCAUGAAGACUAAGUUCAACCGACAGCUGCCUCCAUCAAAAAGCCUGAAGAUCAAGAGCAUACGCAUCCACUCAAUAGCAGGUGUGGGCAAAGGUGAUGGCAGUGAUCUCAGGGUGAAGAUAAUAGUACGGAAGGAGCUGGUUUUUCAGUGUGUGUGCGCCAAGCAGGAGAACUGCACUGUAUUUCCAGAUGUGGGCAGUAAUGCAGCAGUCAUCAGUCUACAAAAUGGGCCUGUGGUGGAAGGAGAUGUGAAAGUCAUGUUUGAGUCAAGCGCUGGUCUGCCCAAAGGAUAUGAAGACGUACCAUUCUACUUCUGGUUCAACACCUCCUUCAUAGAGAAUAACAAGCUGUUUCUUCCCAGAGAAGAGCUGGACAACCCACACAAAGCCAAGACCUGGAACCUGUACAAGGAGGACUUUGGCGUCACUAUGUCCUUCUCAGAUCCCUAAUAAAAGCCCUUUAGAAAGAUAAGGAGGAGGUGGUUCUUCACAGGUUCAACAAAUCUGUAACAGUUUAAAAUAUGACUGAUCAUGAACCGCUAACGUGAAAAAAAAAAAACAUGUAUAAAUUUAGACCUUUCAGAUGUGAUCACAGACUGCACAGUGAGCAUGACACUAAAAUUAAAGAUGUUGUGAAUUUCAGCAUGUUGUAUUAACUCGUACAGAACACAAAACGCAGGAUAUGAGCCAAGAUCUAUGAAAAUAAUUUGCUAAACUAGUUAUAUUGGAUUAAAACCUUGCAGUACAAUUACUCUUCUAAUCUUAUGAGAAGAUAUGGUUUGUGGACAGAGGACACACACUACAAGUCAGUACUGUGAAUAGGGAUGAAGAAACUACAAACAUUUCCAGAAAUUAACUGAUUUUUGUGAAUGUAUCCUCCUUUAAUUACCUAUUUUUCUGAUGCAUCUUUGUAGUUGUGGCUGCUACUGCGUAUUAACAGGCGAGUGUUUGACUUGACCAAAGUAGAAACCACAAACACAGGAUGUUGAAUGAGAAACCAAAAUAUCUACAGCUCAUAAAAGGUACAAAAAAAAAAAAAACCUCACACAGCACUGGGCUGAACUUGUUCUUUUAGAAGCAGCUAUAUUCUAAUUUACUGCUUAACUGAUUAAAUUCACUGUAAAUCUAUCAUUACUUACAAACAUAAGAGUGCAUUAAUGUGUUUAAAUUGGUAUUAAGUUUACCACUUUUUGGUCAAAGAAAGUUACUUGAAUGUUGACACCAAAGGUAUUAAUGUGAUUUCAAAUUUACUAUCACUUUAAAAGAUAAUCAAGCAACAAAUAAAUUGGCAAACCUUACCAAAGCAGUUUGUUUAAUCAUCUUUUUCUUCAGAGUGAACACAACUACUUGACAAGUGAUCCCAUAUUUUAUUCACAAUUUAUACAUCUUCAUUAAAUUAUUGCUGAAUUUACAAGUUGAAUUACUUGUCACAGUAAUUAAUACUAGAUGGAUCAUGAGCUGAAAACCAUCUCAUCUUUGUCAAAUUUGAGUCUAUUGAACACAUUCUCUGCAAAGCCUCAAAAUGAACUAUCCAGUGAACUAAAGUGCAAACAGAAGAAAACCUCUGAGAAAUACUGAUUUCUUAAGGUGAAUGGGUCUGCACACAUGUAGAUACAGGAUACCAGCUGGUCUGUAGCACUACAUGUAAGCAGCUUUAAUGAUGCAGGGCUGUUGUUAAAGGUAGAUACAUGUCUUCACAUGAAUUCCCUGAUAAAAAGGCACCUAGAGCAGUAAAGCUACAUAAAAACAAACAUGCUGUUCAAAUCUUGUUCAGCUUUGAUCACACCAAGUCACACAUGCAUUUCCAGUAAACAUAACACCAUUUUCAACAGUUGUUUUUCACAAGUGGCAUUGCAACACUACCUGACAAACCCAAGGUCUGAGUGAAGUC